ACAAUGCGGUCGCAGUCGCGGGCUGGUCUACUCUUGAUCAGUUCAUAGUCGAGAAAACUGCAGGCGCCGUGCCGAGGCAAGAGCAAAUGUCAACGUGCGUCGAUGUUACGGAGGAGCAACGAGCCCCUCUUCUCCUUUCCCACAGUAGCUCCAUCCAUCAAAAUGAAGACACCGUCGUUCCUUUUUCAUCAGAUAAACCUACGCCAACAGUUACUGCUCCUAAUCAACGCCUCGCUUCUGUCGACGUCUUCCGGGGCUUAACUGUUGCGUUGAUGAUUUUAGUUGAUGAUGCGGGAAAAGCCUUCCCAUCCAUCAAUCAUUCUCCAUGGUUUGGGGUGACACUUGCGGAUUUUGUAAUGCCGUUUUUCCUCUUUGUGGUCGGCGUCUCAGUCGGUCUUGUAUACAAGAAAAUCUCUAGCAAACCUAGUGCUACUCAAAAAGUGAUACUGAGGACAAUUAAGCUUUUCCUUUUGGGUUUGUUGCUACAAGGCGGUUAUUUCCAUGGGCGUGGCAGUCUAACAUAUGGAGUUGAUGUGGGCAAGAUACGCUGGUUGGGUAUUACUCAGAGGAUAUCGAUUGGAUACUUCUUGGUCUCAAUAUCAGAGAUAUGGCUAGUAAACCAUAACAUCUCAGUUGAUUCAGCGGCAGCUUUUAUGAGGAAAUACUCCUUCCAGUGGAUGUUUUCUAUCUUACUGUGCUCUGUUUACCUAUGCUUACUGUAUCUCCUCUAUGUUCCAAAUUGGAAGUUAGAACUCUCUGACAUGAAUUUGCUUGAUCAUAUAUCAGUUACUGAAACUGUUCACUGUGGUGUGAGGGGCAGUCUUGAACCUCCUUGCAAUGCAGCAGGCUUCGUUGAUAGAUUAAUUCUUGGUGAACAUCAUAUGUAUCAACGUCCAGUGUACAGAAGAACAAAGGAGUGCAGCGUUAAUUCACCUGACUAUGGACCAUUGCCUCCCGAUUCACCCACAUGGUGCCUAGCCCCGUUUGACCCAGAGGGUAUUUUGAGCUCAUUGAUGGCUGCCAUUACAUGUUUUAUGGGAUUACAUUUUGGACACAUACUGGUGCUUUUUCAGGGCCACAGAGAGAGAAUAUUUCUUUGGUCCACAUUUUUCCUCCCUCUAUUACUGACAGGAUACAUUAUGGAGAUUUCAGGAAUUCCCUUAUCUAAAGCACUGUACACAUUAAGUUACAUGUGUGUCACCGCGGGAGCAUCAGGCUUGAUCUUAAUAAUUGUUUAUUACAUUGUUGACAUCAAGAAAUUCAGAAAACCUACAGUUGUGCUACAAUGGAUGGGCAUGAAUGCUCUUAUUGUAUAUGCACUAGCUGCUUGUGACAUUUUCCCAGCAGCUGUCCAGGGUUUCUAUUGGCGUACUCCAAAAAAUAAUUUGGUUGACGGCACGGAAGCUUUUUUACAGAUCAUAUUCCAUUCCGAAAAGUGGGGUACCCUGGUCUUUGUAAUAGUUGAAAUAUUAUUUUGGGGACUAUGUGCCGGUUUGCUCCACAAGAAAGGCAUAUACAUAAAAUUAUAAAGAUGAUGAAGUGUAUAUAUGUACUUUCUUGUAGAUAUCUUAUCCUAGGAACCAGCAUUAUAUAUUUCAAUUUACACACUGCAAUCGUGUAUAAUCUGUGCUGUACAUAAUCUUGGUGACGUUCGUCGAUCCUUCUCUGUUAGUUGAAAGCUGUCU